GUUAAAGCAUUAGUGUCUUUGUGACUUUCGUGCAGUGAAAACCAAAAAACUAAAAGUGAAAAAUGACUGGUCGCGGUAAAGGUGGCAAAGGCUUGGGUAAAGGCGGCGCCAAGCGUCAUCGCAAAGUGUUGCGUGAUAACAUCCAGGGCAUCACGAAGCCAGCUAUCCGCCGUUUAGCUCGCCGUGGCGGUGUGAAGCGCAUCUCUGGUCUUAUUUAUGAAGAAACUCGUGGUGUGCUGAAGGUUUUCUUGGAAAAUGUUAUCCGUGAUGCUGUCACAUACACCGAACACGCCAAGAGGAAGACAGUCACAGCCAUGGAUGUUGUCUAUGCUCUGAGGCGGCUAGAAACCUUUGUACUACGAAAUACAAACAAUCAUACCAAUCGGUCCUUUUCAGGACCACCAAAACAUACUUCAAAAGAGAAAAAAUUACUCAAUUAAA